AUGAACGGACCUCGGGAGACCUUCGGACGAUUGGUUUGGGCACCAGAUCCUAAAGAUGGUUUUAAACUUUGCGUACUUCGUGAUAUUGGUAGCGAAACAAUGUCUGUUGAACCGAUUGAUGGUGGAUCAGUAGUCUCAGCUCGGUACGAUGAAAUUUUUCCAGCUGAGGAAGAUCAGAAGAAAAAUGUCGAUGAUAACUGUGCGCUGAUGUAUUUGAACGAAGGUACUUUGCUGAAUAAUUGCCGAUCACGAUAUGCACAAAAACAAAUAUAUACAUAUGUCGCAAAUAUUCUGAUUUCUAUCAAUCCAUACGAGCAGAUACCGGAUUUAUAUAGCGGUGCAACAAUUCGAAAGUAUCAGGGACGAUCGAUUGGCACUUUACCACCACACAUUUUUGCCAUUGCUGAUAGUGCUUAUCGUGAUAUGAAACGAACAAAGAACAGUCAAUCAAUUAUUGUUUCCGGGGAAUCUGGUGCGGGUAAAACAGAAUCGCAAAAGUACAUCCUACGAUACCUUUGCGAAUCGUGGAAUUCUGUCGCUGGUCCCAUUGAACAGCGCUUACUUGAAACUAAUCCGAUACUGGAAGCUUUUGGUAACGCGAAAACGUUACGUAAUAAUAACAGCAGUCGAUUUGGAAAAUUUGUCGAAAUACAUUUUAACUCAAAAAGUUCAGUUGGUGGCGGUUUUAUUUCGCAUUAUUUGUUGGAGAAAUCACGAAUAUGUCAUCAGUUGGAGGGUGAACGUAAUUAUCAUAUUUUUUAUCAGUUGAUAGCAGGUGCUGAUGAACAGAUGGCUAAACGUCUACAGCUUAAACCUGCUAGCAGUUUUAAAUAUCUCAAACAUGGAUGUGCCCAAUUCUUCAGUAGAUCCAAUACAGCGAAUAAAAUAGCAAAAGACCGUCGAGGAAAACAAAAUGAAGAUUUGCACGAUGAACUAUUAGAUGACUAUAACGACUUCCAAAGAUUGCUUAAAGGACUUUAUAGCAUUGGCUUUGAUGUACAAGAAUUAAAUACUAUAUUUGAUAUUGUUGCUGCCAUAUUGCAUCUUGGCGAUGUAUAUUUCGUCGAGAAUGUUGAAGAUACGAAAGGUGGAUGUGUGAUUGAACCGUCCAGCAUGGUAGCACUUCACAAUGCAGCUUCAUUACUUGGUUUAGAUGACUAUGAAUUGAAAAAUGGCUUCACAACACGGAUUAUGCAACCUGCCAAAGGAGGUAUUAAAGGUACCAUUAUCAGGAUACCUCUGAAAUCACAUGAAGCAUCAGCAGCUCGUGAUGCUCUUGCAAAAGCCAUUUACAGUAAAUUAUUUGACGCCAUCGUUGCACGUAUCAAUAAAUGUAUUCCAUUUAGCGAUAGCUCAUUCUACAUCGGUGUAUUGGAUAUCGCAGGAUUCGAAUUCUUCAGACGAAAUUCAUUCGAACAAUUCUGCAUUAAUUAUUGCAAUGAGAAAUUGCAAAAUUUUUUCAAUGAUCGAAUUUUAAAACAGGAACAAGAUUUAUAUGCAAAAGAAGGAUUGAAUGUUCCACGGAUCGAAUACAGCGAUAAUGAUGACUGCAUUGAUUUAUUCGAGAGGAAAGUAAGUGGUUUGCUGGAUCUGUUGGAUGAGGAAGCACGUUUGCCAAAGCCUUCAUCUCAUCAUUUUACUAUGUGCGCACAUCACCAACUCCAAAAUCAUUUCCGUUUGACGACGCCGCGGAAGUCAAAGUUGCGGGAGCAUCGAGAAAUGCGAGAUGAUGAAGGAUUGCUUAUUCGGCACUUCGCGGGUUCUGUUUGUUAUCAGACGUCUCUGUUUCUGGAAAAGAAUAAUGAUGCUCUGCAUGCAUCUUUGGAAUUAUUAUUAAAUGGCAGCAAUGUUGCUUUUCUUCGAAGUUUAUUCACAACAACUAACGACAAAUCGCAGGAUAACACUCGUAGGAAAUCAUCUUCCAACAAGUUAAUAUUAGCAUCGGUCAGUAACAAAUUUCGAGCACAGCUCAUCGAACUACUCAAAAAACUCCAACUUACGAAUACAAAUUUUGUGCGAUGUAUCAAACCGAAUUCGAAAAUGAAACCGGGUGAAUUUGAAGGUGCAAUGAUAUUGAGCCAAUUAAAAUGCGCUGGUAUGACGAGUGUUUUGAAACUUAUGCAAGAAGGAUAUCCUUCCAGGACAUCGUUUGCGGUUUUGUAUAAAACAUAUGAAAAAAUAAUGCCAUCCAAACUUGCUCGUCUGGAUCCACGUCUUUUCUGCAAGUGUCUAUUCCAUGCACUCGGUCUCAACGAAACAGAUUUCAAGUUUGGUCAGACGAAAGUGUUUUUUAGACCUGGAAAGUUUGCUGAAUUUGAUCAGAUGCUUCGACAAGAUCCCGUUCAUAUGGAAAGUUUAAUCAAGAAGGUGCAGAUCUGGCUGCUACAUGUACAAUGGAAGAAAGUGCAGUAUGGCGUCCUUUCAUGUAUCAAGUUGAAAAACAAAAUUCUAUGGCGUGUCGGACAACUUACAAAAAUUCAGAGUGCACUACGUGGAUAUCUCGCACGAAAAGUUCAUCAUCCAAGUUAUCAGUGGGAUCAACAGGGAGACUCAGCAACUACUCGAGAAUAUUAA